AUGGCCAAUGCGCGCUCGGCACAAAGCUGCAGGAAAUCUCCCUGCGAGGUGGCUGUCGGCAUUACGGGUACCCGGGUGAGGCGGAGGCCACGAGGGGAGGGCUGGGGGUCGCCCAGGACCCCGCCGCGCGACCACCGGGUCGCCGCCCUCUGCGCUGCGCGGGCGGUGACAAAGAAGUCCUGGGUGUGGCCCCGGCCCGCGCGGCAUCCUCCGGCGAUCGCACCUGGGCGCCCGGCACGCAACGGGUGCGGGGCUGGGCCAGGGCCGCCGGGGGAGCGAGUGGGGCGGGGCCGCGGCGCCCGCUCCCUCCCCGCCGCCCGCCGCCUUCUCCUCCUCCCGCCGCCCGGGCUCAGAGCGGCGGCAGCAGCGGCCGCGGCGACAGCUCCGGCUCCCGCUCGCGAACCGCCCCGCGCUCCCGGGCCCCGCGCCCCGACCCCGCCGCCGCGCCUGCCGGGGCCUCUGCGCCCCGCCGCCCGCCUCACGCUGAAGUUCCUGGCUGUGCUGCUGGCCGCGGGCAUGCUGGCGUUCCUCGGUGCCGUCAUCUGCAUCAUCGCCAGCGUGCCCCUGGCGGCCAGCCCCGCGCGGGCGCUGCCCGGCGGCACCGACAACGCCUCGGCCGCCGCGGGCGCCGCCGCGUCCCCGGGCCCGCAGCGCAGCCUGAGCGCGCUGCACGGCGCGGGAGGCUCGGCCGGGCCCUCGGCGCUGCCCGGGGCGCCGGUGGCCAGCGCGCACCCGCUGCCGCCCGGGCCGCUCUUCAGCCGCUUCCUGUGCACGCCGCUGGCGGCCGCCUGCCCGUCGGGGACCGAGCAGGGGGACGCGGCGGGCGCGGCGCCGGGCGAGCGCGAAGAGCUGCUGCUGCUGCAGAGCACGGCCGAGCAGCUGCGCCAGACGGCGCUGCAGCAGGAGGCGCGCAUCCGCGCCGACCAGGACACCAUCCGCGAGCUCACCGGCAAGCUGGGCCGCUGCGAGAGCGGCCUGCCGCGCGGCCUCCAGGACACCGGGCCCCGCCGCGACACCAUGGCCGACGGGGCCUGGGACUCGCCCGCGCUCAUCCUGGAGCUGGAGGACGCCGUGCGCGCCCUCCGGGACCGCAUAGACCGCAUCGAGCAGGAGCUCCCGGCCCACGUGAACCUCUCGGCGGUCCCCGCCCCCGCCCCCGCGGUGCCCACCGCCCUGCACUCCAAGAUGGACGAGCUGGAGGGGCAGCUGCUGGCCAAGGUGCUGGCGCUGGAGAAGGAACGCGUGGCCCUCAGCCACAGCAGCCACCGGCAGCGGCAGGAGGUGGAGAAGGAGCUGGGCGCCCUGCAGGACCGCGUGGCCGAGCUGGAGCACGGGUCCUCGGCCUACAGCCCCCCCGACGCCUUCAAGCUCAGCAUCCCCAUCCGCAACAACUACAUGUACGGCCGCGUGCGGAAGGCGCUGCCCGAGCUCUACGCCUUCACAGCCUGCGUGUGGCUGCGGUCCAGGUCGGGCGGCUCCGGCCAGGGCACGCCCUUCUCCUACUCGGUGCCCGGGCAGGCCAACGAGAUCGUGCUGCUGGAGGCCGGCCAGGAGCCCAUGGAGCUGCUGAUCAACGACAAGGUGGCCCAGCUGCCUCUGAGCCUGAAGGACAACAUUUGGCACCACAUCUGCAUCGCCUGGACCACAAGGGAUGGCCUGUGGUCUGCCUACCAGGACGGGGAGCUGCGAGGCUCUGGGGAGAACCUGGCAGCCUGGCACCCCAUCAAGCCUCAUGGGAUCCUCAUCCUGGGCCAGGAGCAGGAUACCCUUGGGGGUCGAUUUGAUGCCACCCAGGCCUUCGUCGGUGACAUCACCCAGUUUAACCUGUGGGACCAUGCCCUGACACCUGCCCAGGUCCUGGGCAUUGCCAACUGUACUGGUCCACUGCUGGGCAACGUCCUCCCCUGGGAGGACAAGUUGGUGGAGGCCUUUGGGGGUGCAACGAAGUCCUCUUUUGAUGUCUGCAAGGGGCGAGCCAAGGCGUGAGGGG